AUGAAAUUAUACGUGGAAUAUUGUACACUUAUUCUCAUGAUAAAAGCAGGGAAAUCAUCUUCCGAGGAAAGAAAUAUUUCCAAAGAAUAUUUCAACAAAUUAUUUUCAACAAGCAGUGAAACACAGUUCUGGGAACCCUCAUUACCGAGUACCGCCGCAACUAUUCCCGCGACAACUGACGAUGAUACGAGAUAUAAAUUUUUUGAUUUAAUGUUGUGUUACGAUACCUACCACAGAUUUGGUUAG